GUCACGUGAGCACAAAUGUAGUUUAUCAUACGUUAAGAGAAGUGUCUCUACGUUUGAACGUUUAUUUUGAGACCUAAUGUAUUUAAAGAUCAAUGUACUGUUUUAACUGUUGUUCUAACAACUAUGAAGAUCCCCUACUGGCCAAUCAUACUUGAGCAUGGGCGGAGACUACACAGAGAAGACACCUUAAAGCUCCAGAGAGACAACAAAGACUCAACCAGAGAGACUACAGAGAGAGACUCAACUAUUGAAAGACUCAACCAGAAACAGCAGUAACCAGACAGAGGAUCAACCAGAGAGAAACACGCUUCCAGAGAGGAGAUACAAGACAGGUUUAAGAGAGACCAGACGGAGAACAAAGAGAGAGCUUAGUUAUGGAGACACAUCACUGUGAUACAUGUGGGAAGAGCCUUUCCUCAUCCAGUAGCCUCAAGAAGCACAUGAGGAUCCACACUGGAGAGAAGCCCUACAGCUGUGACCUCUGUGGUAAAACCUUUAGCCAUGCUAGUAGUUUGACAGUUCACUGCAGAAUCCACACUGGAGACAAGCCAUAUAGCUGUGACCUCUGUGGUAAAACCUUUACCCAUGCUAAUAGUUUGACAGUUCACCGCAGAAUCCACACUGGAGAGAAGCCCUACAGCUGUGACUUCUGUGGUAAAACCUUUACCCAUGCUAAUAGUUUGACAGUUCACUGCAGAAUCCACACUGGAGAGAAGCCCUACAGCUGUGAAUUCUGUGGUAAAACCUUUACCCAUGCUAAUAGUUUGACAGGUCACCGCAGAAUCCACACUGGAGAGAAGCCCUACAGCUGUGACCUCUGUGAUAAAACCUUUAGCCAGGCUGGCCCUUUCAGAGCUCAUAGCAGGAUCCACACUGGAGAGAAACCCUACAGCUGUGACCUAUGUGAUAAAACUUUUAACCACGCUUUCAGUUUCACAGUUCACUACAGAAUCCACACAGGAGAGAAGCCCUACAGCUGUUACCUCUGUGGUAAAACAUUUAGCCGUGCUAGCCAUUUCAGAGUUCAUAGCAGGAUCCACACUGGAGAGAAGCCCUACAGCUGUGACCUCUGUGGUAAAACCUUUAGCCAGGCUUCCCAUUUCAGAGCUCAUAGCAGGAUCCACACUGGAGAGAAGCCUUACAGCUGUGACCUCUGUGCUAAAACUUUUAACCUGGCUUCCACUUUGAAAACUCACCUCAGGAUCCACACUGGAGAGAAGCUCUACAGCUGUGACCUCUGUGCUAAAACCUUUAGCAAUGCUCGCAGUUUCACAGAUCACCGCAGAAUCCACACUGGAGAGAAGCCCUACAGCUGUGACCUCUGUGGUAAAACUUUUAGCCAGGCUGGCAGUUUCAGAGAUCACAGCAGGAUCCACACUGGAGAGAAACCCUACAGCUGUGAUAUCUGUGGUAAAACAUUUAGCCGUGCUGGGAGUUUAACAUCUCAUAGAAAGAUCCACACUGGAAAAAAGCCCUACAGCUGUGACCUCUGUGAUAAAACCUUUUGCCAAGCUAGCAGUUUCACAGUUCACUGCAGAAUCCACACUGGAGAAAAGCCCUACAGCUGUGACCUCUGUAGUAAAACCUUUAGCCAUGCUAGCAAUUUCAUAGUUCACAGCAGGAUCCACACUGGAGAAAAGCCCUACAGCUGUGACCUCUGUGGUAAAACCUUUAGCCAGGCUUCCCAUUUCAGAGCUCAUAGCAGGAUCCACACUGGUGAAAAGCCCUACAGCUGUGACCUCUGUGGUAAAACCUUUAGCCAUGCUGGCAAUUUCAUAGUUCACAGCAGGAUCCACACUGGAGAAAAGCCCUACAGCUGUGACCUCUGUGAUAAAACCUUUAGCCAGGCUGCCAAUCUCAGAGUUCAUAGCAGGAUCCACACUGGGGAGAAGCCCUACAGCUGUGACCUCUGUGACUAUUCAGGUAAAACAAAUGACCAUCUGAAGAGGCACCUGUGUGUCCACAGUAGAAAAAACCCAGAGCAGUGAUGUCUGGGGCCAAGCUGUUCCAGCAGUCACCACCUGAGAGAAUUUCUGUGUGACCCACAGCUGAACAAAAAAAUCCCAAAUCCUCUGUUUUAAGACUGCGCCUUCCAAGGUUUCUUCCAUUUUUUUUCCCAACUGUUUAGCCUUUGUUAGAAACCUUGUGUCGGGGAAAAUGUCGUAACACUAGACAAACACACAAGACAGAACACACAUGCAAACAGGGUGAGGUUGUAACAGCCUGUGUUCUGCACUUCUCUUUCACCAACUGUCUUUGAAGGAGGGGAGCACUAAACUGCUCAAGGUUUGUUCUAUUUUUUUCUUAGAUUUUCCUUGUCUUCCUUGAGGUUUUAGGUUGGUUGAGGGGCAGUUCUAUGGGCGUACAUGAAGCUCUCUGCGGCAUUGCUUGUAACAAGGCCUGGACAAAUAUAAUUGAUUUGAAUUUGAUCAUUUGUCGUCCAAUGCACACUGAUCUUCAUCCAUUGUUGAAGAGUACAGACGCAUUCUCUGUAUUUACAUUUGCAAGUGAAGGGUCUGAACUAUGUUCCAAUAAAAUGUCUGAGCAUGAA